AAUAUAAACCGAGAAUCCGGGCGAAUAGUGACUCGGUGCUCGGUUCGAUUCUCACCCUUAAUUGGUUGCAGCGGGGAUCACAACUACGAGUGGCGAUACGAUUAGUGACGUUUUUGGAUUAUUGUGAUUGCUCCGAUUCGUCGGUUGCGUAGUCGAGGCUCAUCACCGUCGUUCAUUGAAACUUCCGCAUCGGGUUCGCUGCAGAGCCGAUCUUUAGAGUGCGCGCCGAUUUUUCGUAAGUUCGAAACGGUUUAUCGAAGAAAUCUAAGUUGAGUGACGAGUCUCUUCGGUGUUGUGACGUGGUUUUCGGUAAUUGUGCGUGCCGAGGAAGGCUCGGGAAGAGGGGAGUCUUCUCUAGGCGAAGACGCGACCCAUUACCGGACUGCAGACAAACGUGAUAUCGUAAAACGGGCGGCAAACUUGAAAGGAAUCUUCGUCGAGCAAGUGAUGCUGUAAGUCGCGUUAUAGUCUCAACGGCGAGGCGAGAGAGGCGCGGAAAGUACUCAUCUCGAACGAUGGAAGCUCUCGUUGCAGCUUUUAUCGUCGCGUUCGCUCUCUUCGGCAACUGCUUCUGCGUCGAAUGGCGACACAGCGCGGUGCUGGACAACAAUUUCCUUGUCCUGUGGACCCCGGGUGAGAAGGACGUCACCUUCGAGGUCCAGGUAAAAACUCUGGGCUACGUUGGCCUGGGAUUCACCAAAGAUGAGGGACGCGCCGGAGCUGACAUGGUCAUCGGGUGGGUCGACAACAAUGGACAGGUUCAUCUCCAGGAUCGACACGUGAAGGAUGCCAGCAGAGAUCCGCAAAUGGACUCCAGUCAGGAUUAUCGUCUUCUACUUGGAUAUGAGAACAAAACUCACACGGUACUGCGAUUCAGCAGGAGGUACGACACCUGCGACCCAAGAGAUCUGAAGAUCACGAAUGACACAAUGCAGGUCGUUUGGCAGUAUCACGCCGAGGAGCCGGUAUCAGCUGCGGGUGUUUUGCCCGACCACGGAGACGUCAGGGGGACGCGACCCCUUUAUCUCGUGCAACGCGAUGCGCAGCCACGUCGCAGCUCACGAAACCAGGAACCAGAGACGCCGCUCCAAAUUUGGGACGUCUUAAACCAGCAAGUUCGUCUGCCCAUGGGAGAGGACACGUUGCUCUGGUGCAGGGUGCUCGAGAUGCCUCCGAUCCGGCACAAGCACCACGUUGUGAGGUACGAACCGGUUAUCCAGCCUGGCAGCCACGAGUACCUUCAUCACAUGACGCUCUACGAGUGUCGCGGUUCCGUCGCCGAGUUGGAAACUGCGGCUCGAUCCAUGGGUGGAGUUUGCUAUCAGCCAGGUCAGCCCACCUUGCAGUGCAACACGAUAGCAGCCACGUGGAGUCUGGGGUCGGAGGGUUUCAAUUACCCCCCGGAGGCCGGUUACGCCCUCGACCCGCACGCGGGGCCGCAAUUCUACAUGCUCGAGACCCACUACACGAACCCGCAGCUGGACGCUUUCAUCAGCGACAGCUCGGGCCUGCGGCUCCUCUACACGGAGCGGCUUCGAGUCCACGAUGCCGGGGUGCUGAGCAUCGGGAUAGACCCGAACUGGAGGCACAUCAUCCCCCCGGGUCAACCGGAAGUCGUGUCCGAAGGUCACUGCGUCGCCGACUGCACCGGUCAGACCAUUCCCAACAACGGGGUCAACAUGUUCGCGGUGAUAAUGCACACCCAUCAGCUUGGAAAGAAGGUCCGACUCCGGCAGAUACGCGCCAGCGUUGAACUUCCGCCCAUCGCAUCGGACACCAACUACAACCCGAGCUAUCAGGAGUAUCGCAGACUCCAGAGACCCGUCAAGGUGUAUCCGGGCGAUCAUCUAGUCGCUGAGUGCACCUAUUCGUCCGAGUCCAGGGCUGCGAUUACAUUGGGCGGAUUGACCACCAGGGAGGAAACGUGCCUGAUAUCCGCUCUCUAUUACCCACGGAUAGAGCUCUCACUAUGUUAUUCGCUUCCCUCUCUGCCCACCGUUCUCCACAGUUUGGGGAUCCAGCAGCUAACACCAAACUCGAGUCCCGUGAAGAUCCAGGCGCCCCCUGAGCUCGCGGGUUUGACGCUGGAGGAGCGUCUGGUCAGCUACGACUGGGAGACGAGCUUCCAGAGCUUUCAGGAAGCGACGCGGAGCGGCACGUUCAAGCCGCUCUGCUGGAGCAGUCGGGGCGAUCUUUUGCCGGGUACGGCGCAGCUGGAAUCCCGCUACCCGCGGAUAAUCACGCCGUACAAAGAGCCGACGUUACCCUGCACGAAGAAACCGACGCAGAACAAGUUCUCGAAGCUGCUGAGCAAGGACGGCGACAUUGGAAGUCCCAUCGAGCCUGACAGCGACGAAGCGAACGCCGUCGAGCGGGGCCAGCUGGUGCGCAGCAAGGUUUCGCGGAGCAGCGAAGGGCCCAUCGCCGGAAGUUCCAGGGCCCGAAGCGUAUCCGUCGCUCUAGUCGUCGCCGCCCUCGUCGCUGCUCUCAGAUGAACGCCUCAGGGUGUGCCGCAAACUUGGUGGUGAAUUUCGUUUGAUUGGUGUCGAUUGUGAGUUUCGCGUUUCGUGUCAAGUGCGAGGUGUGUUGGGUGACCCGCGAGGAUUCAGGAUCAAGGAUCGAGGAUCGGGGUGAUCAAGGAUACGCAGAUCGGACAUGAAUGUGUGAGUAUGUGAUACCUGCAUAUUGGACAAAGGGGAUAUUUCGCGUAUCCGCGAAUACGUCUGCUGAUCUGGGUUUUCUUUUGCUGAACGUCGCGAUUUCGCGAUUAGUAGAAAAUUGCGCCACCGCGGUUUCGCACGGGGUAUUUUCCUUUUCGCCGAUCGGCGGAACCGCCUAAUUUUCACUAUUUAUUCACAGCUCAAAAUUGCAAAAUUAAUCUUUACGAAAUAAUUACGGAGAAACGACGCGAGGCUGUCGUUACUGUUAGUUUAAUUUAUCCUUAUUUACGCUAAUCGCGUACCGCACGAUUGGCUGAUGAAGAAAAUUACCCCGGCGAGGGCGCGAGUCCGAUACAUAAACCUAUACAUAUAACGUAUAACAUGUGUGUUUCGGGAUCUACGAUCAAUAGGUACUGUAAUAGCUCCGCGAAACAUGAAGUGAGAGAUAAAUUGUAAUAUUGAAUCAAUCAUUGUUGUUGGCUGUUUAUUUGCCCGAUGAGAACCAGUCCACGUACGACGUGUGGAAUUGAAGCAUAGUAUAUUAUAUAUACAUAUAUAUAUAUAUAUGC